AUGGCUUUACCCAAACGAAUUUCAUUCAUGGAAUUGCACUGUGUGGAAUUUUCAGGGAAUAUUCUAUCUAAAGUUCCUGUAGCAGCAAGCUCAGAAAAAAAAAAGAAAAUAAAUCGGCAUUUCCUAUGUGUACUGAUUUUGUUUCAUACUUGCGGUUCCCAUGCAGAUUAUCUCAAUCCCUUCCAUGCAUAUGAUGAGGGCAAUCUUUCCUGGCUGGCUGCGGCUGAGGCAGAGGCUGCAACUAUGUCAAUGAUGAGACGGGCAAUACCAUAUGCUUCUUCAUUGGAUGAAGCUAAUCAAAUAGUUCGUGGAAAUUGGCUGAAUGCAAUUGAAGAACACCAUCGGAAAUAUUCAGAAGACAAUAUUGUCAGAGAAAUUCUUGAUAUCGGAUGUUCAGUUGGUGUCAGCACAAGGUGCCUUGCUGAUAAAUUUCCCAAUGCUAGAGUGACUGGCCUGGACCUGUCACCAUAUUUUCUUGCUGUUGCUCAAUAUAAAGAAAAGAAAAGCAGCCCAAGAAUGAAUCCUGUCUGUUGGGUCCAUGCUAAUGGUGAAAGUACAGGCUUGCCUUCCAAAUCAUUUGACAUUCUUUCUGUUGCUUAUCUGUUCCAUGAAUGCCCUGAAAGAGCAAUAAACAAUAUGGUGAGAGAAGCAUUUCGACUGCUUCGACCUGGAGGAACUUUUGCAAUCACAGACAACUCGCCAAAAUCAAAGAUUCUUCAGGAAUUAUCACCGGUGCUAUUUAUGCUAAUGAAGAGUACUGAACCAUUCCUGGAUGAGUAUUAUUUGACAGAUCUUGAAAGAGUAAUGAGAGAAGCAGGCUUUAUCAAUGUAAAUACAGUUCUCACGGAUCCAAGGCACAGGACAGUGACUGCAACUGUGCCUUACUAG